GCAGUGACUCAUCUACUGGUUAUAGUGAGCUGCAAAUAAAAAAAACAGAAGAAUAAGCGUCGUUGAGUUUGCUUGGCUCUGUUUUGCUAGCAGACUGCCAACAUCAGGGCACUGUUGUUCAUUUGGAGAAGAAUGGCAACACCUGUACCCGUGCUUCGCCUCCCGAGAGGACCCGAGCCGAACAGUCGUGGAUUCGACCCUAAUUCCCCCCGCUUCAUCGCGCUUUGCCGCACGUCCAUAACGUCUUCCUUUGCCGCCGCUGCGUCGCGCGCAGGCGCAGACGAGCUGAGGCUGGAGCAGAGCGCGCGUGCGCAGUUGAGAGAACGCUUCCUCAGGUGCGUGCUGGCCACGUGCAACAAGAAGGUGCACUUCCAAAUGCACGACAACGUCAAGGUGGAGGCCACCUUCGGAGCUUCUGAUAUCGACGUGCUCAACUUUCAGGUGUCCGACCUGCACACGCCCAUCGGGGUGCAGAAAGAGGCGCUGCUCAGAUGUCAGGACGUCAUUUCAUACACGUUUGAUUUGUGAAAAUGGCAAUGUUUUGCUACAUGGAACUUUUCUCUCAUUCCACUUUGUUUGGAGGCAAGUGUGGAUGCAUUUUAUUUCAGCCUUGACUAUUUGCGCUAACCCUUUUUUCCAACGCAAGAUGGCGCCAUAGGCCUUUUUCUACUGUCCUGCUAUGGAGGAUGACUCAAUGUCAGAUUGUAAGCGCUGGCAGAUAAAAAAUAAAUAACUUACCUAAGUGAA